AUGGUGCUAGUACAUGACGAAUCAGCAGUGCAGGUAGUGGAGGCAGACUCAGUGGUCCAGGUAGUGGGGGCAGACUCAGUAGUCCGGGUAGUGGGGGCAGACUCAGUAGUCCAGGUAGUGGAGGCAGACUCCGUAGUCCAGGUAGUGGAGGCAGACUCCGUAGUCCCGGUAGUGGAGGCAGGCUCCGUAGUCCAGGUAGUGGAGGCAGGCUCUGUAGUCCAGGUAGUGGAGGCAGGCUCCGUAGUCCCGGUAGUGGAGGCAGGCUCCGUAGUCCCGGUAGUGGAGGCAGGCUCCGUAGUCCCGGUAGUGGAGGCAGGCUCCGUAGUCCCGGUAGUGGAGUCCCAGGUAGUGGAGGCAGACUCAGUAGUCCAGGUAGUGGAGGCAGACUCAGUAGUCCAGGUAGUGGAGGCAGACUCAGUAGUCCAGGUAGUGGAGGCAGGCUCAGUAGUCCAGGUAGUGGAGGCAGGCUCAGUAGUCCAGGUAGUGGAGGCAGACUCUGUAGUCCAGGUAGUGGAGGCAGACUCUGUAGUCCAGGUAGUGGACAUAAGAUAA